GUUUGCUUGGCAAAGUAAUGCAGUUAAUGCUAUUGUGGUUGCUAGGACAGUCAUGUUAGUUGCUAUAGUGGUUUCUAGGGUCACAUUAUAAUGGUGGUUGGUAGGCUGUUGCUAGGAUAAUUAAGAUGUUGUAGUGGUUACUAUGGUAAAUAGCAUGGUUGCUAGGGUUAAAGCCAACCCAUGUGUAUACAGGUUAUGUAAAAAAAGAUGUGAUAAUGCUCUAUGGCACAAAGGCUACUUACAGAUGGAACUAUCAGUAAUAAAUAACAUAUUACUAUAGUAAUAUAUUCUAUGAGUAAUAUAAUGUUUGUUGAGUUUACUGUCACAAUGGCAGGCUGAAGAAGGUGUUAUAACUCAGCCUCAAGUUUCUGGGUGUCCACAUCACUGAAGACCUCUCUUGGACCCUCCACACCUCUAUCCUGAUCUAUAGAAGACUCAGCAUUUCUUCUUUCUGAGGAGACUAAAGAAAGUCCACCCGUCUCCCCAGAUCCUGGUGAACUUCCACCGCUGCACCAUCGAGAGCAUCCUCAUCACCAAUUGUGUCACAAUUUGGUAUGGCAACUGCUCUGCUCACCACUGAAAAGCACUGCAGAGGGUGGUGAAAACUGCCAAAUGCAUCACCGGUUCUUCACUCCCCUCUUUGCUUGCGCAAGCAUCAUAAGCAGCAGGGACAGCCUCAUGACCACAGAUCCAACCACUCUGCCCUGUGAAUCGUUUAAGCUGUAUAACAGGAAGCUCCAACAACUUGAGGAGGAUAUAAAAAGAGAUGUCUGUGAGCGCAUCGCUGUUAAACAAGACUCACUAAUGUGACAGUUACAUAAAAGGGACCAGGUUCUCUUAAUCUCAGGCAUCAUCGUAUUUCAGACGACACAAUGGCAACACCAAAGAACCAGGAGAGGAGGCCAUUCACCCUGGAAGUGGAUGACAGGACCGACGAAGAGCGUGCUCAGAGCAAAGAGCAGGACAAAAAGGAUCACUGGACCUCUGCAUUUGGUGUGGGUGCCUCCAAAAAGGAAAGGAGCCCUAUGGACUCUGAAUAUCAAGAGGACCUUGGAGAGCCCUCCUCACAGAUUAAAAUCAACAGGAAUUUCAUGAAGGGGAUGAGAGGAAUAACAGGUGAAGCUGCCCAAGACAAGGACAGAUUUGACAUGAAAAGGCUCUUUUCAGCAGUUUCUAGUGGAGAGGUUGCUCAGCUCGAAGGACUGGAGCAGUACCUGCAGCGGGCCAUGAAGCACCUGUCUGACUCUGAAUAUCGUUCCAAGGGAAAGACUGCUCUGCUCAAGGCUCUCCUAAAUCUAACAGAUGGCAGAAAUGACACAGUGAAAUUGCUCCUUGAUAUUGCGGAGAAGAUGGGUGAUUUAAAAGAAUUUGUCAAUGCAGCGUAUACAGACAUUUAUUACAGAGGCCAGACAGCCCUUCAUGUAGCCAUUGAGAGAAGGAGUCAAUACUUUGUUGAGCUUCUAGUUCAGAAAGGAACUGAUGUCCAUGCCAAAGCCUGUGGGAAGUUCUUCCAGCUGCAUGAUGGACCCUGCUUCUAUUUUGGAGAGCUUCCACUUUCGCUGGCAGCCUGCACCAACCAGAAAGACAUAGUUGACUUCCUGUUGGACAACCAAUACCAGAAUGCAGAUGUGCGGGAGACAGACUCUCAGGGCAACAUAGUUCUCCAUGCCCUGGUGAUGGUAGCAGAUAACAGCCCUGAAAAUACAGAUUUUAUUACUAAGAUGUAUGACCACAUUCUCACCAGAGCUGCCCAGCUUCACCCAAAAGUCAAACUGGAGGAGUUUGAGAACAAGCAAGGCCUCACACCAAUUAAACUAGCAGCCAAGAAAGGCAAGAUUGAGUUGUUUAAACACAUGUUGCAUCGAGAGUUCCAGGAUAAGGAGACCAGACAUCUUUCCAGAAAGUUCACGGAGUGGGCCUAUGGGCCUGUUUACUCCUCACUGUAUGACUUGUCAUCACUGGACUCCUAUGAGGAAAAGUCUGUUCUGGAGAUAAUCGCUUACGGCACUGAAAUCCCGAAUCGUCUGAAGAUGCUUCAGGUGGAGCCACUCAGUCAGCUGCUGGAGGAGAAGUGGAAGAGAUUUGCUAAUCCAAUAUUUAUCUUCACUUUUGUGGUCUAUGUGAUAUACCUCAGUGUCUUCACCACUGGGGCCUAUCUCAGGAAAGAUAGAUCAGAUCAACUGCCACCAUACCCACUGGAGAAUACAUUGGAGAAUUAUUUUCUUGUAUCAGGGCAAAUCAUACUUCUCUUGGGUUCGGUUUACUUCUUCAUCAAAGGGUUAUCAGAUUUGAAAAGAAAACGUCCAACACUGGAAACCUUGUUAAUAGAUGGCUUCUAUGAAUUGCUUUUUUUCAUCCAGGCGGUGCUUUUCCUGGCCUCCGCGGUGCUCUACUUCUGUAGUAGGAAAGAGUACCUUGGGUGCAUGGUGUUGUGUCUUGCUCUCAGCUGGGUCAACGUGCUCUACUACUCCAGAGGCUCCAAGAACAUGGGCAUCUAUGGAGUCAUGAUACAGAAGAUGAUUGUCGGCGACAUUUUACGAUUCCUUUCUGUGUACAUGGUUUUCCUCUUUGGAUUCACAGCAGCAAUAGUCACUCUACUGGAUAAACAAACACCAGACAAUGCCAAAUGUGUGCCAAAAAAAACACGUUUUUUUGAAGACAUUGACUCCACCAAUUGCACAAAGCCAACUGCCAGAACCUUUCAGAUCAUCACUCUGGAGCUGUUCAAGUUCACCAUUGGCAUGGGAGACCUGGAGUUCACUGAUGGGUACCGCUACAUUGAGGUGUUCUAUGUGCUGCUCAUCUCCUACAUCGUCCUCACCUACAUCUUACUCCUCAACAUGCUCAUCGCCCUCAUGAACAAAACAGUGGAGAAGACCUCCGAGGAAAGCACAAACAUCUGGAAACUACAGAGGGCCAUUACCAUCCUAGAUAUAGAAAGACGUCUACCACAGUGUUUGAAGCGCAGACUUCGCUCUGGAGUGGAGAAAGACCUGGGCAAUAGCAAUGGAGCGGACCGUCGCUGGUGCUUCAGAGUGGAGGAAGUCAAUUGGAUCAAAUGGAAUACCUGCUUGGGUAAAAUCCAUGAAGAUCCUGGGAUUCAAGACUUCAGGAUAUCAUUGCCCCCACCUAGCAGACCAGAGAGAGAGAGAAGCUGGCGAGGCUUUCUGAGGGACUUCAGUCAGCGCCGGCCUCUUCAAAGGCAACAGCAAGCACAAGAGAUGAACCUUCUCUCAGUCAGCCACGCUUGAUCAAAUAACUACUGUUCUCCAAUCAGCAAUUUCAAAUGUUACUGUUUAUCCAAGACUUUUAAAUAUUUCAACUUUGUAAGAUUUUAAAUGCGAUUAUAUUAGAUUCAGUUUAUUGUUAUUGUGCAGAAUAUAAGUACAGAGGCAAUACAAUGCAGUCGGCAUCUAACAAGAAGUGUAAAAUAACAGAAUUAUGUAUCAGGUGCAGUUAUAUAGACUUAGAAUGCUACAGAAUUGUAUGAAUUUCCUUGAAUUUCCCCUUGGGGAUCAAUAAAGUAUCUAUCUAUCUACAGCAUUUCAGGUGUUAACAACCUAUAUGAUUGUACUGUAUGAGCUGUAUACACACAGAAUGAAAGUAAUGGGAAAGGUUCAGCCGGUGAAGAAAGAGUGACAAAAGAGUUUAGUUCCAAAAUGCUGUAUCUCCAUUUUUAAAAAAACAUUUAUAAGUCUUGUUAUUUAAUUGUGUAU